UAAAUUCUGGGAAACAAUCUUGACAAUUGGGGAACGGGUGGAAUUACUUUGUGCAUUUUUGGGGGGACAAGAGAUUUCUAGUUUCCAGCCAAAAUAUCAUAGAGCAGGUUGUAGGAUAAAUGUUUUAUGAAGAUAUACAAACAUAACACAGAAAUGAAUAGCAAAAUCCAAUUUUUGUUUUGAGAUUUUUUUUUUUCGUUAAGAAGUUGAGAGUCUUUGGGCCUUUACAGCUUAAAUAAAAUUUUGAUCACUCUCAGAAACUUAUAAAAAUGUACCGAAGAGUAAAUCACCAACGUGCAAGGUUUCUAAUAAACAACUGUUUACGGAAUAUUAAAACCGUAUGUGAAAGAUAUUUAAAGGAACUGGAUACAGAGUGAUAGAUAAGCAGGAAUGCAAGCAUUAUCUUUAGGGUUAGGAAUCUUAUAACUUUCUCUUUGCCUUCUUUUUCUCCCCCAAGUCUGAUCUUUGAUCUGAAAAAGAAGGCUGAGACCAAUAUAGAACUAAAUGAAAUUAUGGUGUGGGUGGCCUGAAACUCUAACCCUGUGGCCACAGUCCGAAACUUCAUUUACUUAGGCUUCCCUUGCCUGAGUGGUUAAAACUGCUGAUUCCUCUUCCCCUAGGCGGACUGGCUGCUUUCCCACAGGGUCCCUUGCCGCCCUAUCAGGCCACUGUCUCCGCAGAAACCGCAGAGGCUUUCGGGAGGCUAACAAGCAGUCAGCCUGGGCGCAGAGGCUGUCGGGAGGCUGGGCCGUCGGCCCUGGGGCGGGGCGGAAGUAGGUGGCCGAGGCCUAAUAAAUUGGCUGAGGCUGAAGAAGUUGUGGCUCCGUGCACAACCCAGGCAUCUGAGCUUCCAGCCUCUGGGGCUUCAGACGUUUCGGGGAGAUGAACUGGGUCGGGGGAUCCCGUACCAGGGUUCUGAUCAAGCAGGAAAGGAGAAAGCAAAAGGAAUAUUUUGAAAAGAAAAGGUUAAAAUCAAAAAUGAAAUUACUGGGGGUUUUAUCCCCUGUCAAAAAUUCCACUGUCAGUUUAGACCUCCUUAACUUGUAUAUGGUAAAUCACAUAUCUUGCCAGAAGAAAACACCUGAAACUGUGAGAAAACCAACCCAUGUGAAUAUGCAUAGAGAUAUAAAAAUGCCCUUAAGAAAGCAUGAUUUAGAACUUCCAAUGUCACCUCACUAUAUACCAUCUAAGCUCUGCAUUGAUGAUGUAGAAAACAAACUAGGCAACAAGAAAGAACUUGCCCCAGUUCAGUUGUCACAAGUAAUGGACUCAGAAAGAAUGUUUGAACCUCAGUUCAACAGAAUAGAAAAUUUCAGUUUUACUCCACCAUCCUUCGCAGCAGAGUUAUCUUCUAACAGAAAUAUUACAAAACAAAAUUUCAUUCCCAGAACAGCACCUAGUCCUCAGAAAGUUGCAUAUGAAAAAAAGCAGGAUGAGCAGCUCAUUAAAGUUAAUUAUUCUAAUAGUUUGGUUUCCAAAUUAAACGAAAAUCAAGAUGCUCUCAGUCCAUCAUAUAAAACAGCACAAUUUGGGUCAUUAUUCGAAAGGUUAAACAGUCCAAGAAAUAGGAAUUUCCUUACUGGAAGACCUGUUAGAGUUAUGGGUGAAGAUUGUGGAAGCAUGAAUGAUCAAAGACAAACAGACUUUAUUACUGAAAAACACUCAGUACAACCUAUUUGGAGAGAAAAUAGAAGAGAGGUUUCAAAUUUUCUUGAAGACAUGAACCAGCCAACAGCCAGCCUUAUAUCAGAGAAUUGUAACUCUUUUAUUAGUGAAAAUGUGAUCAAUUUAUUAAACACAGAUCAGCAGAGGAUAAAGAAAACCUUUGACAAGUGUGGUUAUGACAGUAUGGAAGAUAAUUGCGCAAACACAAGUUCUGAUAAAAAUCAUUCAGCUGGUCAAUGCAUUAGAAGUAUUUUUACAGAUCCAGAGUUGACUUUUAGUUGUUCGACUUUUAAUGAAACACAUUAUCCAGAGAGGUGUCAGCCAAACAAGAAGUAUCAGAAAGAGUACAACAAUAAUGAAAGAAAUACUUUUAAGAAGGAUUGUUGUAUAGCCAGCUCUGAAAAUAAAGGAAAAUUUGAAAGUGAUUGCCAAGAGAAGACAGCACAGAAUGAAAUCCAGAAACAUCCGGUGAAUUAUAUGGGUAAUAUCUCUUUGGAAAGAUUGCAUUCUAAUCCAUCAUGGGACUUGGGAUUUGGUGAGAUUCCGAUGGAAGAAGGAGGAACUUGUUCGUUAAAAGACAGGCAAACAUCUAAGAAAAUCUAUCUUGAUUCUUCACAGAGUAGUCAAUCUACCAGUUAUUCUCCAAGGCCAACAGAUAGUUGCUUCAGUUCUAGUUCAGAAAUGCUAUCUGAAGAAGAAGAUAAAAUAUUGCAGCACGUUGAAGAAUCAAAUAGGAGAGCCAUCAGAACCAAACAAAUAACUAGUAAUUUUUAUCCAGAAAGGAUGCCAAAACCUCCAUGUGAUGGGAUUAUUAAAAACAAUGCCAAAAUUCAUGAACAAAAUGAGAAUCUUCACCACCUUUCAAUGAAAGAUAAUACAGAUCAGUUUCCACAGUCUCAGUGUAAUUCAGCACACAAUUCGCAGAAUAUAACCAGUAAUAACCGCAUUCUACAGGUUGCAAGAUGUGAUGCGUGGGUCCAGACAGACAGUGAACCUGUAAUGGAAAAAAAAUUAGAUGCUGCCAUACAGUGUGAUAUAAUUUCAUAAUGUAAAUGUAGAAGCAAUAUGUCUUUGUAAUGUUGAAAGGUGCAGUGAAAAUAUUGAGGCAGAUACCACUGGAGGGCAGGAAAUCCUUAAGAACGACUGAUACUCUAAAAUUUCAGCCUGAGUCUUAGCAUUUUACUUAAUGUUCAGAAUUUCAUUAACGUAAUAAGGAAUGAGAAUAUGUAGCCAAGCACAAGGUAAAAGUAUUUAUGGCUUGUUUUAAAACAUUUUAAUUUUAAUGUAUACAUUAAUUUUACAUAGAUAUUUCUUUAAACACAUAUGUAGCUAAUCUUCAAGAUACACAUAUUAUAUCUUCAAGUUUUUGGAAAAAUACGUAUGUAAAUUUACUGUCUAUAAUUCUCAUGGUGAUUAUUAUGAUCUAUUUAUGGAUAAAGUAUGUUUAAUUGC